CUUCGUCGAAUUUCUUCCUCCUACACGACCUCGCGACGAUUCAAAUUAUUUUUAGACAGUCCACCGUCCUCGCCAUCGUUUUUUUAUAUAAAAACCCCUUCCGCGCGCGCGCUCUCUCGCAGCCUCUUUCUGACCCGGGAAAUAGUCAAAUCAACGUCACUCGCCACCGCCGCUAUGGAUUCCUCCAACAACUACUACGGCUUCGCCUCCGCGGAGCAGGUCGCCGCCGUUACCCCGGCUGCUGCUGCUGCUGCUGAAUCUCCCCCCGCCGCCCCCGCCACGACCGCCAAGCCCGCCGCGCUCACUGGGCAGGAGGGAGGUGACGGCGAUGAGGAGCUGGAGCAUAGCUCUGGCUCCGAGUUGUCCGAUCCUCCCUCCGACGACCAGUCGGAAAUCGACUUCACCCCCACCAGGAAGGGCAAGAAGGGUAAGAAGAAGGAGGAGAAGAAGGAGCGCAAGCCCAAGGAGCCCGUCGUCCCGGGCGCCCUCCGCGAGGAGCCCUGCCUCCCUUGCGUGCAAGCGCUGGUCAAGGGUGGCGAUACCCUGGCCAGCGUCGGCUGCUACGACUGCCUCGCUGGAGGUACCACCCGCUGCGCCGCCUGCGCCGAUGGCAAGGCUAAUCGCCGUUGCGACCCCCUGAACGCCGUGGUCACGGCCGCAUGGGUUGAGUACUCAACCCUCGCCCGCGACUACCACCGCGAGCCCGCCGAAGGCGGUUUCCGUCCCCUCUUCCUCGAGGACGUCAAUGGUGCCUUUGGGCGCGUCCGCACUCUUGCAGCGGCCCAGACCAAGGCCGAGAACGAGAAGGACAGGGCCCGCCGAGACGCCCGCGCCGCCACCGCCUCGCCCGCCGCCAAGUCGCCCGCCCCCCGCCCCCCGCGCGCUGCCCGCUGCGCCUCCUUCCUUCCGGAGGAGGCUCGCUCCCUUAGCGAGCACUACCAGGCUCUCGCUUCCCUCAACGCCGCCGUAGAUACUUCUUUAAUACUUUCUUUUACAACGAUUAAUAUAUUCUUGAAUUACGGCCCGCUACUCCCCUAUGUUACGGCCAGCUAG